AGCUCCUCACUUUCUCUGCCACUCCUUACCACCCAGCUCUCCCUUUGCCUCCAAAUCCUCCAGGGGCCGCCGGGAGCUUCCGUGCCUUUGUUUAAGGAGAAAAAGAACCUGAACAGACCCGAGGUUGCUUUCUGGACCGACGCACAGCACAGGUCCUAUCCGUGUCCCUGGCAGUAGCGGGCAUCAUGGCUCGUUUCCGCGGCUGCCUCCAGGGCGCACCUGGGGCUGGAGUCCCCUGCGAUCCGAGCCCUCUCUGAGCCAUCUCAGGGGACGCUGCAGGGGAAGUGACAAAGUGACUGAAAGACUUGCUGGGCUGGACCCAGAGAGGAGAGGAGGCCAGGAAGGAACUACACAAACUCUCCCCCACUUCAUCCCCAGUGAGAACCUGCAGCGAUGGAGUCUCCCACCAAGGAGAUUGAAGAAUUCGAGAGCAAUUCUCUGAAACACCUGCAACCUGAGCAGAUUGAGAAAAUUUGGCUUCGGCUCCGCGGGCUGAGGAAAUAUAAGAAAACGUCGCAGAGGUUACGGUCUUUGGUCAAGCAGUUGGAACGAGGGGAGGCCUCUGUGGUGGAUCUGAAGAAGAACCUGGAAUAUGCAGCGACCGUGCUUGAGUCUGUGUAUAUCGAUGAAACAAGGCGACUUCUGGAUACAGAGGAUGAGCUUAGUGACAUUCAGUCAGAUGCUGUGCCUUCUGAGGUCCGAGACUGGCUGGCCUCCACCUUCACGCGACAGAUGGGGAUGAUGCUUAGGAGAAGUGAUGAGAAGCCCCGGUUCAAGACCAUCGUCCACGCAGUGCAAGCUGGGAUAUUUGUGGAGAGAAUGUAUAGGCGGACAUCAAACAUGGUUGGGUUGAGCUAUCCACCAGCUGUUAUUGAUGCAUUAAAGGAUGUGGACAAAUGGUCCUUCGAUGUGUUUUCCCUCAACGAGGCCAGUGGAGAUCACGCGUUGAAAUUCAUUUUCUAUGAAUUACUCACACGCUAUGACCUGAUCAGCCGUUUUAAGAUCCCCAUUUCUGCACUUGUCUCAUUUGUGGAGGCCCUGGAAGUGGGGUACAGCAAGCACAAAAAUCCUUACCACAACCUGAUGCAUGCCGCUGACGUCACGCAAACUGUGCAUUACCUCCUCUAUAAGACGGGAGUAGCAAACUGGCUGACGGAACUGGAGAUCUUUGCAAUAAUCUUCUCGGCUGCCAUCCACGACUAUGAACACACUGGAACUACCAACAAUUUCCACAUUCAGACACGGUCGGAUCCAGCUAUCUUGUACAAUGACAGAUCUGUCCUGGAGAACCACCACUUGAGUGCAGCCUACCGCCUUCUGCAGGAUGACGAGGAGAUGAAUAUCCUGGUGAACCUCUCAAAGGAUGACUGGAGGGAGUUUCGAACCUUGGUAAUUGAGAUGGUAAUGGCCACGGAUAUGUCCUGUCAUUUCCAGCAAAUCAAAGCCAUGAAGACAGCCCUGCAGCAGCCAGAAGCAAUUGAAAAGCCGAAAGCCUUAUCUUUGAUGCUGCACACAGCAGACAUCAGCCACCCUGCAAAAGCCUGGGACCUGCACCACCGCUGGACCAUGUCUCUCCUGGAAGAGUUCUUCAGACAGGGUGACAGAGAAGCUGAGCUGGGGCUGCCGUUUUCGCCUCUCUGUGACAGAAAGUCAACCAUGGUUGCUCAGUCACAAGUGGGUUUUAUUGACUUCAUUGUGGAACCCACCUUUACUGUGCUCACGGAUAUGACCGAGAAGAUUGUGAGCCCGUUAAUUGAUGAAACCUCCCAGACUGGUGGGACCGGUCAGAGGCGCUCAAGUUUGAACAGCAUCAACUCCUCAGAUGCAAAGCGAGCAGGUGUCAAGAGUUCUGGGUCAGAAGGAAGCGCCCCCAUCAACAAUUCUGUCAUCCCUGUUGACUACAAGAGUUUUAAAGCCACUUGGACUGAGGUGGUGCACAUCAAUCGGGAGCGGUGGCGGGCCAAGGUGCCCAAAGAAGAGAAAGCCAAGAAAGAAGCCGAAGAGAAGGAUCGCCUGGCUGCUGAGGAAAAGCAAAAGGAAAUGGAAGCCCAAAGCCAAACUGAACAAGGCAAAGCUGAGAAGAAGACAUCAGGAGAAAUGAAAGGUCAAGUCAGUGGAGCCCGUACAAACAAGGCGAAGAACCCCAAAGGCGACAAGGCAGGAGAAAAACAGCAGAAUGGUGACUUGAAAGACGGGAAAAUUAAGGCCGACAAGAAGGAUCACUCCAGCACCGGAAAUGAUUCAAAGAAAACAGAUGGUACAAAGAAGCGUUCUCAUGGCUCACCUGCUCCAAGCACUAGUUCCACAAGUCGCCUUACCUUGCCAGUCAUCAAGCCUCCUUUACGUCACUUCAAACGCCCCGCUUAUGCAUCUAGCUCCUAUGCGCCUUCAGUUCCAAAGAAAACGGAUGACCAUCCUGCAAGGUACAAGAUGCUGGAUCAGCGGAUCAAAAUGAAGAAGAUCCAGAACAUCUCUCAUCACUGGAACAAAAAAUAGGGCAAGCCAAGAAGAGAGGGAGUGAGGAAGGGCCUGCCUGUCUUCCUCUCAGCACCAAUCAGAUGCAAAGGUACACACCAGGGAAGUCAUGCAGCUGGCGCUCCUAUGACUGACUCUAAGAGGCAAAGUGAAAAUUGCUUGAGAUUCCCCUUGGUCAUUCUUUUAUACAUACAACAGGCACUGGAUCCGGGGGUCAAUCCAGACUCCAACAAGGAACUAGUAAAUGUUAGAUUUGAUUUUAUUAUAUUAGUCUUUUAAAGACUUAAGUUGCAACCAAAUUAAAAUGAUAUAUCUUGCUCAGAAAAUAAAAUUCUUCCCACUGCCAUGUUUUCUAAUCCCCAAGAGAUGACUUGUCCCUAUGCAAACAUUGGCUCAAUAACUAUGAGGGGUAAGAAAUGUACUUCUAAAGAUAAUUUUCCAAUUAAAAUUAUGUUAUGUUGUGAAAUUAAAAUGUAGUUACAUCAUUUUUCCUUUUGUUAUCCUCCUUCCAUACCCUCAUGUACACAUGCCCUUGAUCUCCCUCAG